GCCUGUCAUGUUGUUGGUGCGCCGUGAGUGGAACGAGAUUUAGUGCCGCCAGUUCGAUUUUUGUGCAGUCAUUUUGAUUUAUUUAUCAGGAUUUAGAUUUAUUGUCUUUGUCCCUUAGCCAACCAUGGAACUACUGCAGAAGCAUCUGCCGCAAAUUCGUUUGCCAAGCAACAUCCAAAGCGUCUAUAAGGAUGAGUGUGUUUACUCCUAUGAUACGCCGGAAAGUCCAACGGGCUUGUACGUCAGCUUAACUACUUUCCUUGGAUUUGGUGAAAAUUAUGUUGAAGGAUACUUCCAGAAAACAGGCAAUGCAGUAUUUCUUCACAUACGACGCGAAAAACAUGAGAUUCCUUCAGAACAAAUUGGUGAAGGCCCGGAGAAGAAAAUUACCCGUUUAGCUAUCGGCGUAGAAGGCGGUUUCGAUCCUGAAUCGGGAAGAAAAAAAUUUGAAUAUAAAGAUAAUUACAGUAUCGUUGUCUUCCCACAAAAAGAACGUUUCCCAUAUCCUGACGAGAGGUUACCGUUGAUGAUUUCUAACUCUGCGAAAGCGGUAAUUGACGCCGAAGGUGCCAUCACAAAGUCGGAAAAGGAGGCAUUGGCUGGCACUUGGGAUGGGGAAGUUAGGCAAGUUUCAAAGUAUGCAAAAGAUUUGGAGCAAUUAAAUAAUGGCAAAAAGAUCCCACCGUUGGGAUGGAAGUGUGAAAAAUGUGAUUUGACAAAUAAUCUGUGGUUGAACUUAACAGACGGAAGCAUUUUAUGUGGACGUCGAUUUUUCGAUGGAUCGGGAGGGAACGAUCAUGCGGUUGAACAUUAUAAGGAAACUAGUUUUCCUCUCGCCGUCAAACUUGGCACAAUAACAUCAGAUGGUAAAGGCGAUGUUUACAGCUACGCAGAGGAUGAUAUGGUGGAAGAUCCAAAUUUGGUUAAUCAUUUGGCCCAUUUCGGAAUUAAAGUGGCUAUGCUUGAAAAGACUGAAAAAUCCAUGGUCGAAUUAGAAUUAGAUCUCAAUCAACGCGUAGGCGAAUGGAAUAUAUUGACUGAAAGCAAUAGUAAUUUAGUGCCGAUAAGUGGUGCAGGUUAUACCGGAAUGCGUAACUUAGGCAACUCGUGCUACUUAAAUAGUGUUAUGCAGGUGAUGUUUGUCAUACCCGACUUUAUACAACGAUUUGUGGUAAGAGCCGAUGAGUACUUCUCUCGAUAUCCCGACGAUCCUGCCAACGACUUCAACAUACAAAUGGCGAAAUUAGGUACAGGACUGUGGAGCGGUCGCUAUAGCGCAAUUGCUGAUAAUUCACUGGAUACCGAAUCGACGGGAAUUUCACCAGCUAUGGUGAAAAAUCUUAUAACCAAAAAUCACCCUGAUUUUUCAACGAAACAACAACAGGAUGCUCAGGAAUUCUUCCUGUAUUUAAUGAAUGUUUUAGAGCGAAACAGCCGCGGACAAGAAAACCCAGGAGAUUCAUUGAAAUUCUGUAUUGAAGACCGUGUGGAGUGCAAUGCAAGUAAAAAAGUGAAAUAUACAAGACGGGAUGAGUGGUGUCUCCCACUACCGGUUCCUUUGCACUUAGCCACGAAUGCCGAUGAAGUCAAAGAAUAUGAGGCCCGAAAAGCGGAGGCCGAAGCUUCAGGAAAACAAUUGCCACCGGAUUCAUUGGUACGUCCGCGGCUCACCUUGCAACAAUGCCUUGAUACGUUUGCUCAGAGUGAAAUCAUCGAGCAAUAUUUCAGUACAGCCAUCAAUGAUAGUACAACCGCAAAAAAAACAUCUCGUUUGGCUUCAAUGCCCGACUACUUGAUGCUACACUUAAAGAAGUUCACUCUACGAGAGGAUUGGGUUCCCAUAAAAUUGGAUGUCUCCGUAGAUAUGCCUGAUAUUCUGGAUUUAUCCUCUUUAAGAGGGACUGGUUUGCAAGCAGGUGAAGAACUUUUGCCUGACUUGGAAGGUCAACCACCUGCUCCACCACCAAUGGACCCCGAGGUUUUCAAUUCUCUGAUUGAAAUGGGCUUUCCUCCGGAAGCUUGCAAGCGAGCAAUAUUUUUCACUAAAAACAGCGGGAUUGAGCCGGCUACACAAUGGAUGAUGGAACACAUUGCAGAUUCAGAUUUCGGUGACCCAUUUGUUCCGCCCGGUACCAACAAAACAACAAAGAAAACUUUCAGCCCCGAUCCUUUGUGUCUUGAACAACUCAUGAGUAUGGGUUUCAAUGAAAUCCAGGCAACGAAAGCUUUGAAAGCUACUGACAAUAAUAUUGAACGUGCCACGGACUGGAUAUUCUCACAUCCAGACGAAAUAGAUGCUAUGGAUACCGAUGCUGAUGAUGGUUCCGCUCAACCGCAAUAUCGAGACGGGAAUGCAAAUUAUAAACUUGUGGCAUUCAUUUCUCAUAUGGGCACUUCAUCGCAAGUCGGGCAUUAUGUCUGUCAUAUAUUGAAGGACAAUCGGUGGGUGAUAUUCAACGACAGCAAAGUGGCUAUCUCGCAAAAUCCGCCCAAAGAAUUAGGUUACUUGUAUCUCUACGAAAGGCUACAAAAUUGAAAUGAAAAGUAUAGCUGAAAUGUCGGGAGAAUAGCUGAGACUAUUGUAAAUGCAUAUUCAUUACAUCUCGAAGGCGACAUCUCUUUGUAACAAGAUAAUAUUAAUAAGAAGCAUUUUUUUUUGUAAUUUUAAAUCAAAUGUUAAUUGGAUCGACUGAUUCCUCGAUCGAUUACUAAAAUUAGAUAAUAAAGCUUUUCUUUUGAA